ACUAGUUCCUUUCACAGAGAUCUGUAUUGCGACAGGUCUUAGAUCUCCAAACCCCGAUCACUGUAAAACCCAAUCGAUUAAGAGAGAGAGAGAGAGAGAGUCUCAUCUGAAAUGGCUUCGCGCCUUCAGCUCCCCGUCGACGACUCGAUCCUGCUGAGAGUGACGCACUCCAACAUCAAGAGCUUCUCUCCCGACGUCCGAUUCUCUCGCGAGAUGACGGUGGAGUCAGUGAAGGAGAAGCUCUGGAAGAAAUGCGGCACUUCGGUGGACUCGAUGCGGCUCGAGCUCUAUGACGAUGCGGGGAGCAAAGUUUGCGAUUUGAUCGACAAUUCGAGGCCCUUAGGGUUUUACUCGCCACAAGAUGGGUAUCGAUUGCAUGUUAUAGAUGUGGAUCCCUCAUCAGUGACAUCAGGUGGCUGGUUGGAAGACACUUCUCUGGUGGAGAAAUAUACAAUUUCUGAAGAAGCAUACAACAAACUUGAUUGUAAUGUUAGAAAAUUCAAAGAGAAAAUGAAUGCUCAAAAUGCAGCUGGAAAUGAAAAUAAACUAUGCGACAACUAUAUGGAAGACCUGUGUGAAAAGAUUAAGGUAGGAGACAGAUGUGAAGUUGAACCUGGGGAGAAAAGGGGAGUAGUCAAGUUUGUUGGUAGAGCUGAGACUCUAGCACCAGGAUGUUGGGUUGGAAUUCAAUUAGAUGAACCUCUGGGGAAGCAUGAUGGCAUGGUGAAAGGUAAACGAUAUUUUGAUUGCCCUCCACAACAUGGCCUAAUAGUAAGGCCAGACAAAGUCAAGGUUGGGGACUAUCCUGAGAGGGAUCCCUUUGACGAAGAGGAGAUAUGAAAGAUACAUGUCUGCGAUUUCCACAAGGCCUUGUUUGCUCUCCCAUUCAUGGGCGUAUACAUGGUGUAAAUUUAAUUGCAGUGAUAUCCAUUUGGACAGCCGGGUGUUUGGCUGUGGUUUCUAGAUGCAUGUUAUAUCACCUAACAUUAUCAUGCCAAUUUCUGACACUCAAAACUAAGGUGUAAUAUUAGUCGGCCUAUUUGACAUGUCUCUGCCUUGAGUGUGACGCUUUGAGUGCGAUCGAAAGAAUUUUCAACUGGAGAUGAUUUGAACUUUGCACCAGUAGCCCGCAGCUUUGACCUUUUUCCAUAAGAAGGAAGCAACAAUGCUAAUGUUUUAUGUUUUUGAUCUGAGAUGAUGACUAUACAAAGUUGAAUAGUUUCGACACAAAAUUAUCGUUUGUAGGUUGACAGGCGUGAUUGUUUCUUCCA